AUGGCGACCGGGAAAAUCUUUUUUCCAUCUAUCUAUCUAUCUAUCUAUCUAUCUAUCUAUCUAUCUAUCUAUCUAUCUAUUUCUGUUCAUAUCUAUUUAUUUAUUUCCGUCUAUUAUCUAUCUCAGUCUGUUCAUAUCUAUCUAGCUAGCUUCUCUGUUCGUAUCUAUCUCUGUAUCUAUCUAUCUAUCUAUCUAUCUAUUUCAGUCUGUUAUCUAUCUAUCUAUCUAUCUUAUCUAUCCAUCUAUCUCAGUCUGUUCAUAUCUAUUUAUUUAUUUCCGUAUGUUAUCUAUCUAUCUCAGUCUGUUCAUAUCUAUCUAGCUACUUUCGUCUGUUUCAUAUCUACCUCUGUAUCUUUCUAUCUCAGUCUGUUCGUAUCUAUCUCUGUAUCUAUCUAUCUAUCUAUCUAUCUAUCUAUCUAUCUAUCUAUUUCAGUCUGUUACCUAUCUAUCUAUCUAUCUUAUCUAUCCAUCUAUCUCAGUCUGUUCAUAUCUAUUUAUUUAUUUCCGUAUGUUAUCUAUCUAUCUCAGUCUGUUCAUAUCUAUCUAGCUACUUUCGUCUGUUUCAUAUCUACCUCUGUAUCUUUCUAUCUCAGUCUGUUCGUAUCUAUCUCUGUAUCUAUCUAUCUAUCUAUCUAUCUAUCUAUCUAUCUAUCUAUCUAUCUAUCUAUCUAUCUAUUUCAGUCUGUUACCUAUCUAUCUAUUUAUCUAUCACCGUGUUCUCUCUCUCCUCUCUCUCUCUCUCUCUCUCUCUCUGUCUCACGCACACACAUAUGCACACGUACACACAUCUACUCUUCUUAA